AAACCAAUAUUGCCCCUCCGUGUUUUAAUCCGAAUGUAUAACAUUCGGACUCCUCUGAAUUUUCAAAUGUCGGACUCAGUUAAUAAUAGAACAAAACUAUCAAUUCAGAUUCACAUUUGUAACGGGACAGAACAUCAACUCUCGGACUGGUUCAGUAGAAGCGACCCAGAGGCACCCAAAUCGACCCACACAUCACGACCAAAAGCAACCAAGAAUCAUCUGUGAUUCAAAACCGACCACACUGAGAUUAUGGCGAGGACAAAGCAAACUAAGAGGGUAUCGUCUGAAGAGUUGGCCGAUCGUCGUGCCUAUCUCCACGCUUCUCAUAGGCGAGGUGAUCAUGAUACAGAUGUGUCGACUUCUCGGAAGCGGGCUAGGAAGGGUGCUAUGAAGGGGGCUCCGAAGGCGACCACUGAGGUUCCUGCCCCUGCUACUGAGGUUCCUGCUACUCAGGUUCCUGCCCCUGCUACUGAGGUUCCUGCUACUCAGGUUCCUGCUACUGAGGUUCCUGCUCUCUCGACGCCUGAGGUUACUGCUACUGAGGUUUCUCCUCAGUCGACGCCUGAGGUUACCGCCCACGAUACUGUUGAGCCUUCCACCUCUUCACUUGAUAUUGAUGCAGUUGAGGAGCCGGAGUCGGAGUCGGGGUCUGAGUCUGAGAUUGAGGGUGAGGAUGUAGAGGUAGAGGAUCCGAAUAUGCCGCCGCUCCAGAGAGAUCCACCGUUUCCUGGUGGGCCGGUUGAGUUGUCACUUCUGCAGCAUUACCCGGAUCACAUAGCGCUGUGGACGUGGCAUACCCUACUAGGCACCACUGACCCUCGUUAUUCUGAGCGAGGUGAUUUGAGGCUUGCCACUGCUGGUACGAAGCUCGGGCUGAUGACGUGUGAGGGGGACAAUUACAGAGAGGUCCGCUUGAUUGUGGAGAGGAGCGGACUGUAUCCACUGGUCAGGUGCAGCUAUGUAGAGACGGAUCCAGGGCUUAUAUCGGCCCUUGUGGAGAGGUGGCACGAGGAGACUAGUAGUUUCCACAUGCCAUUUGGGGAGAUGACUGUCACCCUUGACGACGUCUCCGCUCUUCUUCACAUCCCGGUUGGUGGGAGAUUCUACACUCCAGGAGUGGCCUCGAGAUAUGAUGUGGCAGAGACCUGCGCUUUGCUGUUAGGGGGGGAUGCAGAUUUGUACAUGGCUGAGUUUGAUAGGCUUAGGGGUCCGACUAUGAGGUUCAGCUUCUUGCGAGACCUUUACCCGAAAGCUGUUGCAGGUUUGUUUCAUUCAUUAUCUGAACUUUUUCCAACUAUUAUUUAUAUUUACUUAAUCAUAAUUGGUAUUACAUUGUAAUGUAGAGGGGUGGUACGAGCAUGCAGCCAGGAUGUACCUGAUGCAUCUUGUUGGCGCGACAUUGUUCGCCGACAAGAGUGGGGGGCACUCAUUCUCCGCCCGUUGGAUAGGCAUGCUACAGGAUCUUGAGCGGGUGUCGGAGUUCGCGUGGGGCGCCAUGGCCCUUGCCACGUUGUACGACCAGCUUGGACAGUCUUCUCGCAGCGGGGUCAAACAGAUGGGCGGUUACACUUCCCUGUUGAUGGCCUAGGUCUUUGAGCACUUUCCAGACAGGCUCGUUCGCCGGUAUGCGAACCCGGCUUACACAGAGGACCAGCCCAGAGCUCGUAGGUGGACAGAGUCAC